CUUCAUUUGGUCAUCGAAAUGAGGUAAACAAAAUGAUUUAAUUAAGCAGAUUUAGCAUUUCCUUUCUAUUUUCAAUCAGUCUCACAUCUGCUUUGUUUAAAGGUCCAUUCUACACAUUGUCCUCGGUUAAACUCGGUUCAGCAUAGCCGAUAGCGAAAGGGACGAUGCGCGAUUGCAUACAAUUGCAUGCGAUUGCAAGCAAAUGCAAUCGCAAGGUAUAGUGUAGACAGUAUAGUGUAUAGUAGUGCCACGAGAGUGAAGAGUACAGCGUGGAACGCGCCGAGAGACGGAGGGAGCGAGCAGGAUGGUAUAUGGCUACGGUAUGACGAGAAGAGGAGAAAGAGAGUGUGUUGGGAAUAUACGUGGGAAAAAGACGGAGAAAGAUGGAGCGGAGCGUUCGUUUUCCAGGCAGGCAACUCGGCGCGGCGCGGCGUCGGUCGGAGGCAUCGGAGGCAUCGGAGGCAUCGGAGCUCGGAGCUCGGAGCUCGGAGCUCAGUCCGCUCAGUCGCUCAGUGCCUCAGUAUGCCGCGCAGCGCGCAGGCUCGCGUACACCGGUGCGGCGGACAAGCAGACAGGUACGUGGAGGAUACGUCGCCGCGGUCGUGGAUGUGGUCGUGGUCGUGGUCGGCCGUCGCGCCAUACCGAGUACCGAGUACCGAGUACCGAGUCGACUAACGGAGCGCUCGCGACUCGCGACUCGCGCGAGUGCCGCUUCGUGAAACACGCGCGCAGGAUACGCGCAGGAGAAUCCUCCAACGUGAUAUUCGUCUUGUCUUGUCACGAAGUCUCUUUCGUGGAAAGAAGAGUGCAUCGAUGCAUCGUUGUGACGUCUGCGCGGCAACGACUCGAGUCGUGUGACCCAUAUACACGGUGACACGGUGACACACGGGCGAAAGUGAUCGAGCCGAUACGAAUGGGUGCGCGCACAAGUGUCGCGGUUUUGACGCGGGAAAGAGCGGGAAAAUCGAGCGGUCGCGGAGCCGGCGCUGUCCGCUCGAUGAAGACACGCGUGUAACAGCGCGGGCAGGAAGAGAGGAACGAGUCUGAUGUGAGUGAACGAACGGACGAACGGACGAACGAACGAACGAACGUGAGUACGGAACGUUGCGAAACUCCUUAGGCUUGAUUGUGAGAUGUGGCACAAAAUGAAGCGAGCGUAUCCACGAGCGAUCGAUAACUAUAGCGGCACUAUAGUCGACUCGAUGAAUAUCAAGCGGCCCGUGCUACCAGCCAAUCCAACCUAACGGACAACGCGUGACCUCCAGGAGCGGCGCGCGGCGUGGCGAGCUGGCGAGCUGGCGAGCAUCAGAGUGGACAGGCUCGUCGACGAUCCCAACUUCCGUACUCGUUCAACGACGGCGUAGACGAUGUAGAGUUGUAGAGAGAAAGUUGCGCGACGUUUUUGUUGCACCCUGGAGGAAAGGAGUAUCGCAACAGACAGCGAGAAAAAGAGAAGGAGAGAGAGAGAGAGAGGGAGAGAUAAGGGGAAAAAGAGAAAGAAAGAUAACGAGAAACGUACGCGAGAAAGAACGUGCGUCGAAGACGAUGCGAGUGGAAAGUAAUUUUCCAAGCUCGUGAUGUUAUAAUGGAACGUCGUUAAUGACACGACAAUAAUCGACGGAAUCGAUCGUUGCCCAAAGAUCGAUUUAACGUUCCCGUAUCUUCGUUCCCCUUCUCCGGAACGUUCGAAGCGGAACGCGAACGGAGAGAA